ACCCUUCGAGAGGAUGCAAGUCUAAAAGCGUGAGCCCCGGGCUUGCAGCGGCAAGUGUCUCCUACAAUAACUCGUGGUCAUGACGCUCUCUGACAAUUCCGAGGCGCUCAUUGGCUCGCUAAGCGACAGCUUAGCUCGACUUUCUUCCGGCCCGCCGAACUCCUCAGACGCAUUGAACCUUGCCCCAGCCGAGAGACAGCAAACAGAGAGAGAUAGAGCUCCAGAUUGCUGUCUCCCACCGUUGGACACCACUCCUCGCCACCACCACUGCCCUCCCGAAUCCUCCGUCAAGACGGCGCGAUGUUGAGGCAGACAUUGGUUCGUUCGGCUUGGCGGACUGGCAAGCAGCGGGCCAGCCUAGCCAGCCGCGCCUUUUCGGCCACAGCGCAACGGCCCGCCGAGGUCGAGCUCACAAUUGAUGGAAAGAAGGUGUCGAUUGAGGCUGGCUCCGCCCUGAUCCAAGCUUGCGAGAAAGCCGGGGUCACCAUCCCCAGAUACUGCUACCAUGAGAAACUCAUGAUUGCAGGUAACUGCCGCAUGUGCCUAGUCGAGGUCGAGCGGUCCCCGAAGCCCGUGGCGUCGUGCGCAUGGCCCGUCCAGGCCGGCAUGGUUGUCAAGACAAACUCGCCGCUGACGCACAAGGCCCGCGAGGGCGUGAUGGAGUUCCUGCUGGCGAACCACCCCCUGGACUGCCCCGUUUGCGACCAGGGAGGCGAGUGCGAUCUCCAGGACCAGUCGAUGCGGUACGGCGCCGACCGCGGCCGGUUCCACGAGGUCGGCGGCAAGCGUGCGGUCGAAGACAAGAACAUCGGACCCCUCGUCAAGACGUCCAUGAACAGGUGUAUCCACUGCACAAGGUGUAUCCGGUUCGCCAACGACAUUGCCGGCGCCCCUGAGAUGGGCUCUACGGGACGAGGUAACGACAUACAAAUCGGCACCUACCUCGAGCAGAACCUCAAUACGGAGCUCUCGGGCAACGUCAUCGAUCUUUGCCCCGUCGGAGCAUUGACCUCGAAACCCUAUGCCUUCCGAGCACGUCCUUGGGAGCUCAAGCGCACAGAGUCGAUUGACGUUCUUAACGGCCUUGGUUCCAACAUCCGCGUCGAUUCCCGUGGCCUCGAGGUCAUGCGCAUUCUUCCCCGCCUCAACGACGACGUCAACGAGGAGUGGAUCGAUGACAAGACCCGGUUCGCCUGCGACGGCCUCAAGACACAGAGACUCACCAUCCCCCUCGUCCGCAGGGAAGGAAAGUUCGAGCCCGUCUCUUGGGAGCAGGCUCUGACCGAGAUUGCGCACGCAUACCAGACAUUAGAGCCAAAGGAGAACGAGUUCAAGGCCAUUGCUGGUCAACUCACCGAGGUUGAGUCGCUAGUCGCCAUGAAGGACCUGGCGAACAAGUUGGACUCAGAUAACCUUGCUCUGGACAUGCCCUCGGGCGGUCAACCCAUCGCCCACGGUAUCGAUGUGCGGUCAAACUACCUCUUCAACUCUAGCAUCUGGGGCGUCGAGUCAGCCGACUGCAUCCUUCUUAUCGGCACCAACCCCAGGCAUGAGGCUGCCGUGCUGAACGCCCGCAUCCGAAAGCAGUGGCUGCGCUCAGACCUUGAGAUUGGCGUUGUUGGUGAGACGUGGGAGUCGACUUUUGACUUUGAGCACCUAGGAACAGACCUGGGCGCCUUGAAGAAGGCGCUUGCAGGCCCUUUUGGCAAGAAGCUCCAGGCAGCCAAGGCACCCAUGAUUAUUGUCGGGUCCGGUGUCACUGACCACGUCGAUGCCAAGGCCUUCUACGAGGUGGUUGGCACGUUCGUCGACAAGAACGCUGCCAACUUCUUGACGGAAGAGUGGAACGGCUACAACGUUCUCCAGCGGGAUGCCUCGAGAGCCGGCGCGUUCGAGGUUGGCUUUGUCACGCCCUCUGCUGCUGUCGCCGAGACCAAGCCCAAGUUUGUCUGGCUCCUCGGCGCCGACGAGAUCAACGAAGCCGAUGUUCCCAAGGACGCCUUCAUUGUGUACCAAGGCCACCAUGGUGACAAGGGCGCCCAGCUUGCCGAUAUCAUUCUCCCCGGUGCGGCCUACACAGAGAAGGCCGGCACAUACGUCAACACGGAGGGCCGCGUGCAGAUGACGCGCGCAGCAACUGGGCUUCCCGGCGGUGCCCGCACAGACUGGAAGAUUAUCCGUGCAGUUAGCGAGUUCCUCGGUGCCCCUUUACCGUACGACGAUGUUGCGCAGCUCCGAGACAGGAUGGUGGAAAUCAGCCCAGCGCUGGCGGCGUACGACAUGGUCGAGCCCGUUGCCCUCGGGCAGCUGAGCAAGGUGCAACUGGUGGACCAGAACAAGGGCGCCAAGACGACUGGCGAGCCGCUAACCAAGGUCAUCAAUGACUUUUAUUUCACAGACGUCAUCUCUAGAAGCUCCCCGACCAUGGCGCGCUGCUCGGCAGCCAAGGAGACGGGCGACCCGCGCACCAACUUCAUGGCGCCUGGCAUGGAGGAGGACAGGCCAAUGGGCCAAGUCGCGUACGGGGCAUAGAUAAAUAAAAAUAAAAAUAAAACACCAAAGAAAGAAAGGGAUAAAAAGAGAAAGAAAAAAGAAGCCUAAACGCGUUGCUUUCUCUUUUUUUUUCUUUUUCCGUCUUGGGUUUUUAAUGUAAAGCAUUAGAAGAAGAAGAAAAGGAUGUCUAUAGCUAGCUCUCUGUCUCCCUCUGUUGUUGUCCUGUCUCGUCUUUUUUUUUUUGGUCUUGUCUUGUCUCGUCUGUCACGUCACGUCGCUCGCGGCUCCCGAUUUCUGUUCUGUCGGUUGAAGAAGAUGCUUGGUGUAGUGUGGUGUGGUGUACAUACGAUACAUGGGGAGGAUGGGUCGAACACGGGAGUCGCGAGCGUGAUUUUUUCUUGCUGCUAGUCAGUUAUUUCGUGUUGAUGUAUUUGUCUGUCUGUGAAUUGAAGUGUGCGUGUUUGUGUGCGUGUUUGUGUGCGUGUUUGUGUAUGUGU